GUCUCUCUGUCUGUUUCUGUAUGCUUUAUUGUUCAUUUCAUGAAGCUGCAUUUGCAAUCUUGUAUGUAUAUAUGUCUUGUAAUAGUAUGCAUGUAAUUCAAACAUGAUUGUUUGGUCAAUCUGUAGAUUGCAUAGUCAGUUUAUUUGUUAUGCAACACAAUUAUGCUAAACAUCACAUUAAUACAGUAAGUAUACUGUAAACAUGCUUAAUUUACAUUCAAAUAUUGACAAAAAUAUCACAUUAAAUAUUCUUCAGGCGUUUGUCUCACCCCAACAUUGUGAGGAUGAUGGCUGUAGCCAAAAGUGAGACAAAUAUCCUCAUUGCUAAUGAGUACAUCCAAGGUGCUGACCUCAAUCAGGUUAUUUAUAAAGAUAUUCCCAUCAAGUUACAGUAUGAGGAUAAGCUGUGUGUAGCUUUAGAUAUCGCUAUGGCUGUUGAGUACAUGCAUGAUAAACGGAUCAUCCACCAGGAUCUGAAGCCAGCAAACAUAAUGGUUUCAGAAGGUAACAGAAAGGCCUAUCUUACUGACUGGGGCCUGGCGAACUUCAAAGACACCAUGUAUGGAAGUGUUCAAACAGGAAGUGGUAAACCAGCGGGUUACUGUGGCCCUCUGGGAGGAACCCCUCCCUACAUGGCCCCAGAGUGCAUAGUAGAGUGUGAGAAAUGCAGCACCAUGUCAGACAUGUGGUCUCUUGGCAUCACUCUUCUGGAGAUGUUCUCAAACUCUAGACCUUGGCCAAGCAAUAGCCAGCAAAAAAUACGUAAACUUCUCUAUUAUCGCCAUAGUCCUCAAGCUCUGGCUAAACUACAGCCUGCUCUUCAUGCCAUUUUAGAACCACUGUUAAGAUUUACACCCAAUUAUCGCAUGAAUGCCAAAGAUCUGGUGGAAUUGCUGAAGUCAAAAGUUGAUGUCAAUAAAAGACAUGGUUUCAAGUCAUAGGGACUGAACAAUUAAGAAAGUCUUUUUCAGCCAUUAUAUUGUGCUUUUGUUAUCAUUACUGAUAAAGGGAAUAUUUAAAUGAUGUUAAACAUAUUGUAAUGUUCAAAUAACAUGUGAUUACAAGAGUUUGUCUAAAAUACUAUCCUCCAGAUGAUGGCCAAGUGUAUGCUGCACUUUGAUAAAAUACUGUAUACGGGACUGUACAUUCCAAAUGCAGUUACUCAAAAGUUCAGUUACAGUAGUUAUUUGUUCUAUUUGUAAGUGUUUUGUACAACAUGAUGACCUUAAUCUUGGUAGAGAGCAGCAUGUACAUAAUAGCACAGUAAUUAUCAUUAUAAGAUAUCCUUGCAUUGUAACUAUAGAUGCAGACCUACCUAAGACACCCUUGCAUUGCAACUAUAGAUGCAGACUUCUAGAACACUGCGACUGAUUGGACAUUAGAUUGGAGUGUUGAUUUUUUUUCCUCCAAAUCUUAAAGCCUAUUAAUUAAAUCUACAAACUGGAAUUCUGAUGGAUUUUAAUAAAUAACAACCUGAU